AUGCCUGCCGAUCUCCCUCCCCAGGACCCUCUGGUCAUCUGUCCUGCCGAGGCACCGGGCGUCGCCGAGGCGUUCUCCGUGCCGGACGAUCUAGGCGGGGCCGCUAUAGCAGCGGCGCCAGCACCGCCUGACACCGACGGGGACGGGCCGGGAAUCCGCGCUAAGGUGCGCAGGCUGGUAGACGAUAAUAUACGAUUCUGGGGUGAUCUUCAGGUUGGGAGGGGGCAGUUUUACUGCGUGUCCUGCAACUACGGCAUGUUGGCCCUGGAAGACGACGGGAACAGCCCCGUAGAUGGUUUUGCUGAGAUCGCCAGCUUCGAGGGCGCUAUGAAGAGUCACUUGACUGUCGACCACCAGAAGCAAUGGAGCUGCUCAGCGGACUAUAAGGUCAUAUACGUCCAGCCGUUCCUCAAGACUAGUCGACGUGGCAAGGGCGAAGGGAACAAGAAGUCCAAGACGAGUGUGCGCGUGAACGGUCCACUUCAGGUCUCGGAGGGAUCCGGCACGCAGCUCCAGCCUCCACUCGUGGGCCCUGGUUCGACAGGCGAGCUAGCGCCGAGACCGACGACGACGGUGUUCGCCACCAGCGGACCGGGUGUCGACGACGCGUUCACGUACGCGUCCGCUAUGGACCUUGAUGGCGGGUUACUCGAGGGCGUUGACGUCGGAAGACUGACCAGCCUUACCAGCUCGGAUGUCCAAGAGUGGGAGCCGGAGGUGGUCAAGAGGUUGAGUGACAACUUCCAUUUGUGGGAGUCGAGGACGAUUGCCUGGACGGUGCUAAUGGAUAAGGACACCAAGCGCGAGAUGGAGAGGGUUUGUUGCCGCUACGGAGCCCGCGGGGCGAGGGGCAAGGCGGCCUUCCCGGCCCAGGACAGGACGCUGUUUGCUUACCUCAGGGUUUGGAAGAGAGCCUGCUUGUACCUCGUCCGCCGCUACCUCAUCGACAACGACAUGUUCGUCGAUGGUGGCGUCGGCCACCUGCCACGCAUCCUGUGGGACGUUGACGUCCCGCCCCAGGUCACCGAGGCUGUGCGCGGGGUGUCCAGUUUCAACCGUGUGACGGUUGCGGGCGCCCUGCUUGCGAUCAUCCAGUUUGUGCAGGGCGGUAGGUGCGAGCAGGGAGACUUCGGCAACGCGGCGUCGGAAGACGGGGCGGAUGUCGAGAUCCUGCGGGAGGCUACUUGGGAGAUGCUCUUGUUGCAGCUGAGCCUGGCAAUGAGCGAGGGCGUCAUCACGUCCUCGAAGUUCGCGUGCCCCCUGGUGAGCGCGGCGGGUGCCCUCUGCGUGGACGCCAGGGGCAUCAGGCACCCUACCCUUGCCAGCAAGGACAUGUCCGCCCUCAUCGCGUGUGCCAAGGCGUCUUUCGUCUCCUGGGGAUGUUGGGAGUCGCUGUGGGGGGGCGCCCUACUGGACACGGCCCGCGUCAUGGAUGUUUGCUGGCCGAGUCACAUACGACCUGUAUUGUCCUGGUUCACGCAGCGGGAUGCGGCUUAUGCAAUGGAGUCCGGCUUCUUCGUCCCGAGGACGGCGCUUGCUUGUCUGUACGACUUCCGGAACAUCGCCAUGGAGGCGUGUUACAGCACCCCCGGUCUCACUGUCACUUCCCUCAAGGACAACGGCUACACCGUGACGCACGGGGCCAACAUCGAGUCUCAGUUGAACAUUCUCGAUAUACGCAGCGGACUGCAUGGCCUGGUGGCCGACCUGCACCGGAGGCUCGUGUCGUUGCUGCUCAUCCCGGACGGCGUCGAGGACGCGGACGGGAGCGGGGUUGGGACGCGGUUUUCCACGUGGCAGGACCACAUUGACGGGUACUUCCCACACCCGGACAUCAGGGACGACUUUGAGAACAGGGACGUGGGUGCCUCGGCGUACACGCAGACGUUCCCGGGCCACGGCGCGGGUGCGCAGCUGUUCGGCCGCCUGGCUGUGGAGCCGCACGCAUCCGCCUGGACGGAUCGCCGACGGGGCCUUCUUGCCUUGAGGGACGAGGCCGUGGCGAGAUACUUCGACGAUGCGCACGCCUUCCUCGGAGACAUGCUGGUGGCGGUGUUCCUCCUCCUGGGGAUGCAGUGCCGUGGUACGGAGUUCCUGACCGUCCGGCACACCAACACCGUCGCCAACGGCCGCCGAAACCUGUUCUGGGAUGAGGACUACAGCAGCUGGGUUGUGAACAUCAGGUACCACAAGACGGACCAUGGGACGGCCGAUACUAGGUCCACCUGGCACCUGCUUCCGCCGCCCCUGGCCUACGUCGUGACGUACUACCUCUUCUAUGUGCUCCCCUUCGUGCAGUCCCUCCACGAAAGCCGGGCGAGGGACUUGGGCGUCGGGAGCCUCGAGCAGCACAGCGAGUUCCUCUGCAUGAAGGGCCCGGAGCAGCAGCAGUCCGGCGCUUUCGCUAAGCGUCUCCGGGCGCUUAUGGUACACCUGACCCCCCAGGAGGUCACAGAGGAGCUCAGGGCCGGGAACGAGGCGGCGGCGAGAGAGCUGACGGGGGUUGACGUGGAUGACGGUUUGGACGACGGGCGGUCGGCGGACAAGAUUGACGUUGAGCCUGCAGGCGACGGGGCGGAUGAGGAAGAAGACGGAGAAGAAGAAGAAGAAGAAGGCAACCGUGCCGUGGGCAAGAACAACGCCGCGGCGGCGGCAACGACGGCGGAGGCGGAGCUCUGCAAGCAGCUGGGAAGGCUGUACAAGUCCAUGCGCGGACGGCUGGAGAGCAGGGUGGGCGUCGAGUACUGCAACGUCUUGGCAGCGGGACUCGACCUGGACGACGGGGGCUGGACGACGACGACGGCGGCGGGGAAGCAGCUGCACGCCCUGAGGCCGUCUGGGAACUCCCCUGGGGCCUGGUCGCCUAAGAUGUUCUACGUCCAGUUCUCCCGCUUCUUCCUCGGACUCGGCGUCAAGAUGGGCCUGGCUGACUGGCGCCACAUGGCGGAGAUCUGGGGGCGUCACAUCAGCGUGCUGCUCGACCUCGACAGGGCCACGGUGCCCGCCUUCGAGGGGCACGAGGAGAGCUUCCUGUCCGUCGUGCACCAGAUGGCCGGGCACAGCGACAGUACGGCGGCGGCCAAGUACGCCGUGGACUCAACGGGAGGGGUCAGCCUGAUGGACGUCAAGACGAGGAUGCUGCACUGCAGGGCCAGCGUCCUGCUCCACGAAUGGUUCGGCGGCGACGAGAUGCUGCGGAGGCCGGCGACGCCUUCGAUCUUGAAGCGGCAUCCUGCGCGAGCACUGGACGAUGCAGUGCCCUUAGGAGGAUGCUUGCAGCACCUAGAGAGACUCCGGAUGACGAGGACGACGACACAGAUCGCGCGUAUGGUCGCGGCGGACAGACACGUGGCGAAGCACCCAGAGCUCGUGCUGCAGGCUCUCCAGGGGUCCGGGCAGGUGGGCUUCAAGCCGGGCCAGGAGGAGGCCUUGAGGUUCGCCCACGCCGGAAGGCCUCUGUCGGUCGUGGUGCUUCCGACAGGCGCCGGGAAGACUGUGAUAACGUUCGCGGCCGCGAGGCUGAAGACGUCGGGUGUCACGCUCCUCAUCGUGCCGUUCUUGUCGACGAUGGAGGAUAUGUGCAGGCGGGCGGAGGCGGCCGGGAUUGUGGCUGUGACGUCAGCGCAGCUGUCCAAGGGCUCUCGCUGCUCGGCCGGAGUGCCCAUGUUCACGAGCAGGACACGCCUGAUCAUCGCGGUGCCCGAGUCGUUCAGGGAAGGCCCCGUGGGCGCCAUCAUCUCCGACCUCAUCAGCAGCAACCAGCUCGACAUGGCCGUGUUCGACGAGUAUCACUGCCUCUUCGACACAAUGAUCCGUAGGUGGCGGCUUGCGUUCUACGCCAUCCUGCACCGCCUCGCGCGCGUCCCCCGCUGGGUCGUCCUCACGGCGACGCUGCCGCCGUCGCUGGAGCAUCUCGUCGUCAACACUUUCAGGAGCGCGAGGGCGGGGGUUUACGAGCGGGUGGAGGACAUGCUGGACGCCGUCCUGAGUAGUGACAGGCUGUUGCCGUACGAUGACGGGCGCGGGGACCCCGGGCUGCCGGACAUCGUUUUCCGCCGUCCUACGGAGCGGCUCGAUCUGACGUACCGCGUCGUGCGGUACCGCAAGGAGCAACUCUUGCCGCGGCUGGAGGAGGCAAUCGGCGAGCCGCACGACAUCCACACCAGGCACCUGAGGCGGCCACGCAAGAUGCUGAUUGUGCUGGCCCUUGACGUGCAUGAGUCGAAGAAGGUCGCGGAGCACUUUGGCGAGCCCCUCAUCUGCGCCUCCCACAACUACGACAAGGAUCCCGAGGGGCGGAAGCGUGCGGACGACGCCCUCGCCAGGUGGAGAUCUGCACCGAACGCCUGGACGCCGGUCGGGCCGGGCGAGCCUCCGAUGACCGACGCGACGAAGUGCGUUGUGCUCUUCGCGACGAGUAUCAUGGGCACCGGCGUGGACACCGACGCCAACGUCGCCGUGAUGGUCGGGUCCCUCGGGAUGUGCGACAUCGUCCAGGCGCUGGGACGCGCCAACAGGAUUGGGAAGAGGGGCACGGCCGUGUAUUUCGCACCCCAGGGAGACGGCACCGACGACGGUCCCGAGCUCUUCCCGGCGUCGGGCGGUUCGGGGGAGAGGGAGUGGUACGGUAAGGCGAGGCUUCCCGGAGAUUUCGCCGUCGGCAGCCGGGUUGCGAGGGAUGAUUUCGUUCGGACGACAAGGUGCCGCCGCGUCGCUCUCGCUCGCUACUUCGACAAACACGUCCGCCGUACGGAGUGCUCCCGCGACGCGGACGAGGCGUUGUGUGACUUGUGCGAGGAGCGUGCCGUGAUUGCCGACGCGUAUGACGGAGGGUGGGAGGAUUCGCUCGAGGUCGGACCGACAGCGCUCGGCGGCCUCAACGCGGCCUUCCACCACUCCGCCCAUGUCGGACGAUGGAAGGCAUGGACUCUGGAAGAGCCCUCGCGCGACGAUGACGCUUCGGAAACCCGCGGAACCGCACCGACGACACAAAACUGGCGGUGUACUGUGUCCGUCGAAUACGAGAGAUGA